AUGGAGACAACCCGCCCCGUUCAUCCCAACCAGCAGAAACUCAUCGACCGGGCUCGAGAGUUCUUCGCCGAAGUUGAAGACUUAACCCCAGGCAAGGAUCUCGAAGCCAGGCUGAACCGAGACUACGGUCCUGGCAACCCAUAUUACGAUGACUUCUGCCGCUUAAUUCGACAAGCUCUCGAGAAUGAUGAAGGCUGGGUGGCAACUGACGAGAUAGAUGGUCCAAAAUAUCGUCGUACGAGGAUUAGUCCUCCGUCCGAGCUGAAUCGCUGGUUCAGCAUCACGACUGUUUACAUGGAGAGCGAAGAAGUAUAUCGAGGCCAAUACCAUCUUCAUCCAUACGGCGAACUCAAUUGUGUCGUUCAGUUAGAUCCGUCAGCCGAACUGAUGGGAAUGUCAGGGUGGCAAGGCUCUGGUUGGACCUCGCCCGGUCCCGGAACUCAUCACUAUCCUGAGGUCCGCGGAGGUGCUCUGGUGGCUCUCUUCUUUCUACCGGCCGGCCGCAUAUCUUAUAAGCGAGCGAAGCCGGGAGAUCCGCAGCCAAUAGCUAUUUAA